UUUACAAGUGAUAACGAUACACACACCACAAGCAAAGCGAGUUCGUCACACAAUCAUCUCACCAUUCAGUCAGUCACUACCGCAUACAUCAUCAAGUCAGUUUCGUACACUAAAAACCGGUCCGCACAGCAACAGGAUAUGACUCUCCCAUCUGAUUCAGUUCCCUCGUUCCUCCGCAGCAAGCUGGAGGAAAUUGCCUGGGAACAGAACUUUGUCGGUGGAACCUAUGCGAUCCGGUUCGAGACCGGUUCCAAAGUUGGAGACGGAUUCAUCGGGCAAGUGGUAAGGGCAACGAUCCGCGGCGAUCGCCUCCUGGACGGUAAGCUGAUGUCCGAUCAAGUGCUAUCGCUGAUCUGCAAGAUUCCACUGGCGGAUCCGGUGCAGCGGGAGAAAUUCAAUUCGAUGCUGUUGUUCGAGCGGGAAGUGCUGGUGUACAACGAGAUGCUGCCGGAGUUUGAGCGAAUCCAGUUGGCUAGGGGUUUGUGGCGUGGAGAUGAGGUGGGAUUUUGGAACUUCCCACGGUGCCACUGGGCUUCGUUCGAUGGGGACCGAGGGGAAUCGAUGCUCAUAAUGGAAGACCUGAGCGAACGACAGCUGGAAGUUAAGGAUAUGUUUGUGCUAAUCGAUUAUGACCACGUGAAACUGCUGACGGUUGCUCUGGGGAAGCUGAAUGCCUGCUCGUUUGCUUUGAAGGAGCAAAAACCGGAAGUAUUCGAGAAAGUCAAACGAUUAAACGAUCUGCUGAGUGUAGUCAUGAUGACGGAGCAGACGAAACCUUUGGCUCCGAGGAACUGCGAAUUGGCAGCUUCGAUCUUCAAUAGCGAAGAGGAGCUCCGCUGGAAGGAGAAAUUCCUAUCAUUAAAAAACUGCCUUUGGGAGAAAACACUCAAGCUGAUGGAGAGCCAGAAGGCCGAACCCUUCGGAGCUUUCAACCAUGGAGACUGCUGGACCAACAACGUCAUGUUCGGAUACGAUAAAGCUUCCAAAAAAGUUCGAGAAGUUGUUCUCCUGGACUGGCAAAUGGCUCGGUACAGCUCGCCUAUAUUGGACCUGAUCUCGUUCGUAUAUCUCUACGGGGAAGUCAACCUCCGCAGAGAACGCUUCGAUGACCUGAUCAAAACCUUUUACGAUGCAUUUGCGAGGACAUUCCGAGCUUUGGGCGGAAACCCAGAGAAAUCGUUCCCUUUCGAAACUAUUGGGCAGCAUACGAAGCUAUUCGGAGCCCAAGUUCUCGCAAUGGCCACCUUCGCUUUCCCAAUCCUAGCCCAACUGCCUCAGCAGUUCUUCGAAAGCGAAGGCAAUCGCUUGAAAGACGAGUUCCAACCGCAAUUCCAACGAUACCAACAGCUUAUGAAAGAUAUUGUCCACGACUCGGAACAUUUUGACGAUUUAGAAUAAAAGAACGUUCAAAGCACUCA